AUGACUCAAUACGGUUUCAAAGCACCGGCUAUGGCGCCAGAGGUCAUUGCCGAGCUUCAGCGCAAGUACCAUACGGGUAAGGUAACUCCUGUCAGUGACGGAGUGGCAAAAAUUCCACCGGCUAAGCCUGAGGUUUGCGGCGCAUCACCACCUAUCGCUCCACCAAGAGCUUCCUCCUCUUCCCCAAUGGAUAAACCUGAAGAAGAGCAUGAGCAUCCCGUGGACAAGUCUGCCCUUAUAGCUAAAAUCGCUGGUAACCAUCCCAAUAUGUCGCCGGCUUACAGGCUUUUAGCCGACUCCAAGCUUUGCAUCAAAGUAAGUCGUUGA